AUGCAACGUAUUAUAGCCCAAUCAAUUCGCUUCUCUUGUCCUCGUCUUGUUGAACACCCUCAAACGACUCGAUUUUUAUGUCUUCUACCCCGAGCCCAGCGCGCCGUUCCUCUGAACCGGCGUGAGUUUGCCAACUCGCCUGCCUUGUACAAGAAAAAGGACAAGGCCAAGAAAGCUUCCGCUUCCGCUUCUGAGCCAGAGGAAACCUCCAGUGCUCCUUCUGAAGAUCCCUUUGAUCUUUCCCAAUUGCACAAUGGCAUCUCCACGGCUGUUGCUCGGCUAAAAGAUGAUCUGUCCAAGCUUCGCGCAGGAGGGCGGUUCAAUACCGCAGUCCUAGAGAGUUUGAGGGUCCAUCUGAGCAAAGACAGCAAAGAUUCGGUCAAAUUGGGAGAUCUGGUGCAGGUUGUGCCGAAGGGUGGACGCAUGAUUACUCUUUUGGCAGCCGAGGAGGAUCACUUGAAACCUCUUACUUCAGCGAUCGUCUCCUCAAACCUCUCCUUGACCCCUCAGCCCGAUCCUCACAACGCCCUCCAGCUCAACAUUCCUAUUCCGCCACCUACAAAAGAAUCUCGGGACAAGAACGUUCAAGCCGCCAAGCAAGCAUUCGAAAAGGCUGCCGGUUUAGUACGUGACUCUAGAGGUGCCAUGCAUAAACGUCUUCAGGAUAUGCAGAAGAAGAAAUUAGCUCGGCCAGAUGACGUGCGCAAAGCUCACGAUCAGAUGGAGAAGAUUACAGACCAAGGUCAAAAGGAGGCGAAGGAUGCAUUCGAAGGUGCCAAGAAGACAUUGGAACAGGCCUAA